AUGUCAACUCUGUCAUUAGAAGAAGAAGAUCCCCCGCCUUAUAUCCCAGAGAAUCGGAAUGACGGAGACGAUAUACUUCAGCCUGCUAUCUUCGUACUUGACGGCCAUUACAUCCGUGCCCAAACAGCCGACGGUGCUCCGUUAUACGAACUCUCUCGUGAUGUUAGGAGAUCUCCAACAAGCGAGGCCCGACUUGCCCAAGUGACGCUCGAACGUUUGAUCCGCAAUGUAAGGAUAAGCGCAAACGGUACGCCUCGAGUUAUACACCGCACCCGCCAUAUAUUCGAACUCAAGCACCUACCUCCCGUGAUAUCUACUGGAUUCCCAUAUGUCUUGGAUGCCAUAUCGCGGAAUACUGUCGGGAACCUCGCGCUGAAGCCUGCAUCCUUCCCUCGAUCGGGAUAUAAGGUCGUAAAGAUUAAACCUGAGAAGGAGAGCGGGUUCCCUAAAGGAUAUCGAGCCAGAAAAGAGUCGUUGAAGGGGGACGAAGUGAUAUUCGAGAUACUGAAGAAACGCGACCAUUAUGAGUGGAUGCACCCUAUUGACGGGAGUCGUAUCGCGGUAGAAGAUGAGAAGGAGAAUCAGCACAGACUGAUAGUCACGGCCCCUAUAACGCGGAAGAUGAUGGAUGCCAUGGUAGCUAGUUGGACUCUACGAAUUUGGCGUGACGGUAUGAAAGCGCAUGGCGAGCCGUGGAAAGCAUAUACCGUUGACGACGUCGAGUCCGAUUCCGAAUCUGAAGAUGAACCAGAUACACCAUCGCCAACAGAAGAUGUGUUCCCGUCACCUUCUGCUGGGACUCAGGCACCUGCCACUCCGGAGUCUUCAAUAGAGGCACCUCAGCCGACAACAUCCACGAGUAUCAGCGCACCAGCAACUCAAUCUUCUUCAACUAGCACAGUUCUUUCACCAAGCACAUUACCACAAGCCAACGAACCUUCACAAGCUCAAACAGCUCAAGCCGAAGCCCCCACACGUAUAAUGAGUAAGGACGGCGCCAUAGCACUCGGCACAAUUGGAGGAACAAUAAUAAUCGCAGCCAUAAUAUUUCUUCUCUGGAAAUGCCGACGGCGCCAAGCCCGCGCAAACGGCAGCGUCACAUCUGGAUUCUCUCCCUUUUCUCCCUUCUCCAGGUUCAAGAAAAUGGAAGAGCCUCGGGAAAUAUACACCACAAACCGUGGAUCAGGAGGGAAGACAGAAUCGAAAAUCAUGGAUGAUCUCAUGGCGGCUGCGUAUGCUGCUGAAGACGGUAAUGCGUCGCAGUACGGGGCGUAUAUGGAUGAAAAGCAGCAAUCUUACAACUCUAUGUAUGGCCCGAAUACGAGGCAGUCGAAUCCGCCCCAAGCCGCAGUAAAUCCUGAUAGGGGAUCGAACUCCCUUUAUGUCAAUCAACUCAUGUCCGGAUUCUACAAGGGUUCGAGAGCAGAUGGACUCACGGCCCCUGCUAAUGCGAGAAUGCCUCCUCCGGUAGCUCCCUCUGUCACAGGGCAAACCGAGAUCACAACUACUACAGAAAGCACGUGGAGGACUUGGGGUUGGUCGCAAAAGAAGCCUACGAAGGAAUCUUGGGUCGAUAAAUGUGUCCGCUUGGGAGGCUUGAGAUGA